AUGGCUCGAUUUCACCAGAUCUUUCUCGUUCUUAGCCUACUGCUACUCAGCUUGACGUUAUGUCACGCGCAACGAGAUCAAGACUACCCUGAUCCAGCGGGGGACACCACCCUGCCGGAGGACAUGGGCGUGCCUCCGGACCAGCUCGACCAAUACACGGACCCGAAUGCGUUCAACGAAGGCGAAACUGCUCCCACCGAUGCAGUUCCAGGCGAAGACGCCAUUCCCGGGGAAAAUGCGCAAGAUCCGUUCCUUCCCCCGGAAGACGCAUACCUGCCCGACGAUACUACUACUCCCGUAGACGAGCAACAGCCUGCGGACGAACCAGCUCCGGGGGACAUCCCAACUGAAACCACCACAGCCCCGGGGGACAUUCCCAGUGAUACCACCACAGCCCCGGAGGAUAUUCCCAGUGAUACCCCUCCCGUUGAGGACGCCACUCAGCCGACGGACACCGCGACUGCUGCGUUUGCUCCAGACACGACCGACGCUAAUUUCGAUCCUGACGCCGCCACUCCCGCCGACGCGACGGUUCCAACAGAAUCUGCCACCGUGGCUGUUGAUGAUACGGUGACCGCGGGUAACGGCACGAUGUACGACUUCCAAGGCGCGUACGAGAAGAUGAAGGGCGGCGAUCUCUCCACAGAGGCCAUUAUUGGCAUCGUUGCUGGAGUCUGUGGUGGCAUGGUCCUUGUCAUGUGCUGCGCGUGCAUCUGCUGGAUUCGCCAACGCAACAUCUGGCGAGCCAAAUACGGAGAUGGCAAUGCAGGAGCUAUUGAAAUGUAG